AUGGUGGAUGGGGUAAGUGACAGUCAGUUCUACCAGGUUUUGCUGUAUGCGCUUGAUGCCAUCCUUAAGGCUUGUGCAUCCUUGGAACCUAGUUACCAACCUCCAGUAACAUUUGUCGUGGUUCAAAAAUGGCAUCACACUAUACUCUUCUCAAAUAAUCCCAAUGACAGAAACAACACUAAUAAGAGUGGGAAUAUCUUACCUGGUACUGUGGUGGAUUCUAAGAUAUGUAAUAUUGUUGGAGAUGAGGUAUCUGUCAUUGCACCCAACACUCCAUCCCUUUAUGAAGCUCAUUUCGGGAUUCCAAUGGCAGGAGCUUUCUUUUCCUUGGCAGAAGAAGCUUUGCAAAUCUGGUAUGAGAAAAGCAAAGGCUUUAAGCCUCCAAUUUUAAUUGUCAUUGGUGAUGAGAACUGCAAACCUAAUGAACUCAGAUAUGCUUUGGCCAAAAGAGCCAUUGAAUAUGAGAAAUUUCUUGAAAGUGGUGACCCUAAAUAUAAAUGGAAACCUCCAGAGGAUGAGUGGCAGAGCAUUGCUUUGGGUUACACAUCUGGUACCACUGCUAGUCCUAAGGGCGUGGUAUUACACCACCGAGGGGCAUAUCUAAUGUCUCUAAGUGGAGCUCUUAUUUGGGGAAUGCAGGAAGGUGCUGUGUAUCUGUGGACGUUACCCAUGUUUCUUUGCAAUGGCUGGUGCUAUACUUGGACACUUGCAGCUCUCUGUGGGACAAACAUUUGUCUUCGUCAGGUAACAGCAAAGGCAACUGCAUUUGGGAUGUCAUGUAUUUUUAUCUUUGACCCUGAUAUUGUUAUAACUCAACCUCAAGGACGAGGUUGGUCUGAAGGAGGAUGGAAUGUAACGAUAAUGGAAUAUAACGGUAAUGAGUAUAUCUCAAUAACUAGUACUUAUAGCAGUGCUCCUAUAACAGUAUUGAAUUGCCUUUGGUGUAAAUCGGAGGAUUAUGAUUUCGGUUACGUGUCAGAGAUCCUGCAUGCCUGUAGUUACUCGCCGGAAGGACACCUUGAAAGCUUCGACGCCGAAUUCAACCGCCUCCGAGAAAUCUAA